GGUCCUUCGAGUGGAAGGGAUCCGAUCGUAUGUAAUUAAUAGGUGUGCAUAUCUUUUAAAACUGAAGUCGGUUGGUUAAUUUUAUCCUAUGGGAAAACGCCUUUAAGCCCUGAAACCCUGUUUCCUUAUCCUAUAAGGUGACGCUAUGAAUCUCCAGAUCAAGAUACAUGCUUCUCUCCCUUCCUUCCUACAUUGCCAUACUAUCACCUUUCUGCCUUCUAAAACCAACAUCACCAUACCCUCCCGCAAUCGCUUCACAUUUCUUCGUCAGCGCCGGAAUGCUCCGAAUUUCAAGAUUGUGCGAAGUUCAAUGCAAGUAAACGACGUUAAAUUCAUGGAGGCGGAGGAGGCCGAACUACUCCUGGCUACCUGCAUUACGCGUACAUUGCCUCCAGCACUGACGCUAGAAUCGGGACUCGAAAAGAUUAGAGAUUCGGUUGAGGAAUUGAAGUCGAAACCUCGUGCUGAAGCUGGAAUGUACAGAUUUCAGAUUGCUGUAUCCCCUGGUUCAAGAGCAUUGAGUUUGUUUUGCAGUCAAGAUCCAUCACUAGGAGUAUUUCCUCAGUUUUUUGUUUCUACAGAGGUUGAGAAGUCAACCAAUAAGUUUCUCUCAUUUACUAGAAGUCAUGGAGUCUUUGGAAUUGGUGCUGCAGUUUUCAUCAAGGCUCCUUUUUCCUCUGCCUCAAUAGAGAACAUUUCUUACAGAAGAUAUCAGUCCCUUGAUUCGGCAAAUCUGAAGGCUUAUGGUUUAUUUGGCCACAAUUCUUUAAAGUAUGAGAAUAUAUCACCCUACAUGUUCAUUCCCCAAAUAGAAUUAGUCCAGUCUGAUGGGUUAUCCAUAUUAUCUGCCACACUAGCAUGGAAUGACUCUUCCCUUUAUCCAUAUGACAAGGCUUUUGAUGUCAUUAUUUAUCUCACAACAGGCCAGCUCUUACAAGGCCCAUUGCAAAUGAAUGUCUGAACAAAUCCAUUAAUGCUGUUCUAAAAAAGUUCAACAUGGUGGAGGAUAAACAUGCACAAAUGGUAUAUACAGAUGCUCUUUUGCUGAGGGAAGGUUGCCUUGACCACAUGGAACUGGUAUCUUUUUUAUCCUGGAAAACACAUCAUCAUCAUCAUCAUCAUCAUGUCAGUUCUCCCUCAGACUUUCAGCAACUGUAGCUGUCUGCAAUAACAUGGUGGAUCAGUUCAGAGAUAUAGCUCAUUCUUUAAAACAAUCUUCAAACAUCAAUACAUUGUGGGCAUCACUUGUAAUCGAAGAAUGCUAUCGACUCGGUUUAACUUAUUUUUGUAUAGCUCCAGGAUCGCGAUCCACUCCACUAGCCAUUGCUGCAACUUCUCACCCUAUGACAAAUUGCACUGCAUUCUUUGAUGAAAGAUCACUUGCUUUUCAUGCUAUUGGUUAUGCAAGAGGAUGUCAAAAACCAGCUGUGGUUAUAACCUCUUCAGGCACUGCUGUUUCAAAUCUUUUACCUGCUGUAGUGGAAGCUUCUCAAGAUUUUUUACCUCUUCUAUUACUCACAGCAGAUCGCCCCCCUGAGCUUCUUGAUACUGGAGCCAACCAAGCAAUUGAUCAAGUUAACAUAUUUGGAUCAUUUGUGAGGCAAUUUUUCAAUCUUCCUGUACCCACAGAUGAAAUUUCUGCAAGAAUGGUUCUCACAACUUUUGACUCUGCUGUAAAUCAUGCCAUGUCAUCACCUUGUGGACCUGUUCAUAUCAAUUGUCCUUUCAGGGAGCCUCUAGAAAACACACCAAAAGAAUGGUGUCAAAGUUGUUUAAAAGGAUUAGAGUUUUGGGUAUCAAGUAGUCAACCAUUUACAAACUAUUUCCAACCUCAUGAUUCUUUCACACAUGGUGAUGUGGCAGAUGUGUUAGGUGUAAUACAAGGUGCAAAACAUGGGAUUCUGCUAAUUGGUGCGAUUUUUAAAGAGGAUGAUAUAUGGGCAUCUUUAUUAUUAGCUAAACACCUUAAAUGGCCAGUUUUUGCUGAUAUUUUAUCAGGUUUAAGGUUGAGAAAAUAUAAAAAUUCUGUUUUGAAACUUAAUGAGAGUAUUCUUUUUGUUGAUCAUUUGGAUCAUUUGCUACUUUCUCCUGAAGUCAGAAAUCGGAUAAAUCCAGAUGUUAUUCUUCAGAUUGGAAGCAGAAUAACAAGCAAACGCGUUUCACAAAUGAUACAAGAUUCUUCUCCAUGUCAAUAUAUAUUAGUGGAUAACCAUCCUAAUCGACAUGAUCCCUCACAUGUAAUUACACAUAGGAUUCAAGGUCAUAUCCGUCAUUUUACCAAUUGUGUGAUGAGAUCUUGCACAACCAAAAUCAACACCCAAUGGACAAGUUUCCUGUGUUCAGUAAACAUGAUGGUUGAAUGGGAGAUAUCAUUUUUAAUACAUUCAGAGAACAAUUUGAGUGAACCAUAUGUUGCUCAUGUAACUUCAGAAGCUAUUGAAUUUGGAUCUACAAUGUUCAUAGGAAAUAGCAUGCCAAUACGUGAUGCAGAUAUGUAUGGAAGUAGUCAUGGAAAGGGUAGUCAUGGUAAAAUUACCAAAUUACCCUCAGGUUUUCCAUUCUCCUGGAUACAGGUGGCUGGAAACAGAGGUGCUAGUGGUAUCGAUGGUUUACUCAGUACUGCUAUUGGUUUUGCUGUAGGCCACAACAAAAAAGUUGUUUGUGUGAUUGGAGAUGUUUCCUUUUUACAUGAUACAAAUGGAUUAGCACUUUUGAAACAAAGGAUUUCAAGAAAACAGAUGACAAUAAUUGUGAUCAACAACCAUGGAGGUGCGAUUUUUAGUCUUCUACCCAUUGCAAAUAAAGCUGAAGAAAAAAUACUGAGUCAAUAUUUUUACACAUCUCAUGAUGUUGGAAUUCACAACUUAUGCAAUGCACAUGGUGUGAAGCAUGUACAUGUCAGCACAAAAUCCGAGCUCCAAAAGGCUCUGUUAAAUUCUCAACAUGAAGAAAGUGAUUGUGUUAUUGAAGUUGAGAGCUCCAUUGAUGCCAAUAAAAACUUUCACAGUAAUUUAAGAAAAUUUUCAUGUCAAGCAGCAGGGAAUUCUUUAUCCAUUAUUUCAAAGCUAUCAGUUCUCAAUUCAAUUAAAGUUCAUAAACUGGAGUUUUUCCAAUACAGAAUUCAACUCUGUGCUCCAUUGACAACUCCUGUUGUUAAUGACAAUUAUAGAGAAGGAUUUGUGUUAACUUUGUAUCUUGAAGAUGGAAGUACUGGAAUUGGAGAGGUGGCACCACUUGGGACCCACAAGGGAACUCUUCAAGAUGCACAAGAGCAACUUCAGUUUCUUACUCAUGUUAUAAAAGGAGUCACCUUACAUUCAUCUCUUCCUCUUCUAAAUGGAUCCUUCUCUUCAUGGAUAUGGACCAAUUUAGGAAUCCCACCAGAUUCUAUUCUUCCAAGUGUUAGAUGUGGUUUGGAAAUGGCGAUUCUUAAUGCUAUAGCUUCAGUACAAGGUUGUUCUUCCAGUAUGUUAAAUAUCCUUCACCCAUCAGCACCCAAACAAGAAAGUCCUCAAAAGUCAUCAAAUAUUACAAUUUGUGCCCUUCUUGACUCUAAUGGAACUCCUUCUGAAGUUGCUUAUCUUGCAUCCAAACUUGUUGAAGAAGGUUUCACUACAAUCAAACUAAAAGUGGCACGUAGGGCCCAUCCUAUUGAAGAUGCUGAAGUCAUACAAGAAAUAAGGAAGAAAAUCGGUUUCCAUAUUCAACUUCGUGUUGAUGCAAAUCAAAAAUGGUCCUUUAAUGAUGCUCUUCAAUUUGGUUGUAAUGUGAAGGAAUGUGAACUUCAAUAUAUUGAGGAGCCUGUAAAUGAUGAAGAUGAUAUAAUUAAAUUUUGUGAAGAAAGUGGAAUACCUGUAGCCCUAGAUGAAACCAUUGACAAUCUUCAAGAAAAUCCUCUUCAAGCUCUUUCAAGAUUCACACAUGACAAAAUUGUUGCUGUUGUAAUUAAACCAAGCUUUGUUGGUGGAUUUGAGAAGGCUGCAUUCAUUGCAAGGUGGGCCCACCAGCAUGGAAAAUUAGCUGUUGUCAGUGCUGCAUUCGAAAGUGGAAUAUCUUUGUCAGCUUAUGUUCAAUUUUCUUGUUUUCUUGAAAUGAAAAAUAAAGAUAUUUGCAAAAUAAUGAAUAAGGAAAUUGUAUCUGACGUAGCACAUGGUCUUGGAACAUACAAGUGGCUCAAAGAUGAUGUCAUCAUCUCCGAGUCAUUGUGUUUUACGAAAAGUCAAGCUUCUGUUUUUGAUGCCGGUCAAAGUUUGACCAACUUCAAAAUCAAUCGGAAUUCGGUAUUCCGGAGUUUUGAGAGUGAGAAACUACGGAAUUAUACACAAAAGGUGGAUGUUGAGGGGAUGACAUUUUCCAUCAAUGUGAAAGAGCUUGGAGAUGAAAAAAAUGAUAAUGUUAUUGUAUUUCUUCAUGGAUUCCUCGGGAGUAGUGAAGAUUGGAUUCCCAUCAUGAACGCCAUGUCAGCAUCUUCUAGAUGUAUCGCAAUCGACCUCCCUGGUCAUGGUGGGUCAAAGAUGGAUGCCAUUGAUGACGUGGCACAAGGAGUUGAGCUUUCAAUGAAGCUAGUUGCAGAUAUGCUGGAGAAACUGUUCUGUGUUCUAACCAAUAAAAAAGUGACACUUGUCGGAUACUCCAUGGGAGCAAGGAUCACUUUAUACAUGGCUUUAAAAUUCAACAAUAUGGUAAAAGGUGUAGUGAUGAUAUCUGGAAGCCCUGGAUUGGAUGACGUGGCAAAAAGAAAGGCUAGAAGUGUUAAAGAUGAUUCUUUAGCAUGUGCACUUAUUUCAUAUGGUGUUGAAUUAUUUAUUCAGACAUGGUAUUCUGGAGAGAUGUGGGAAAGCUUAAGAAGCCAUCCACAAUUUGAGCAAAUAGUUGCUGACCGGUCAAAACAUGAUGACGUGUCAGGUCUUGCAAAAACACUCUCUGGCCUAAGCACCGGAAGACAACCGUCAUUGUGGGAAGAUCUAAAGCAUGUGAAAUCUCCUGUUGUGGUUAUUGUUGGUGAGAGAGAUGAGAAAUUUAAGAAGAUUGGUGAGAGGAUGUGCGUGACACUUGGCAAGAGUAGAGUGGUUGAGGCUCCUAAUUGUGGGCAUGCUGUUCAUAUAGAGAGCCCACUCCUUGUAAUCCGAGCGAUAACAGAGUUUCUCACAAGACUUGAUUCAUAAACAGAGUCAGUUAUAUGCAUUACUCAAAUAAUUUCAAACUUUGAGGGUCGAUUCCCUUGAUUUUCAUGUGGGCUUACCAUUGUAUACAACUUUAUAUGUUUUUUGGUUUUUUUAUUUAUUUAGUUUUUUUUUUCAAUCUAAGAUGUCAAACUAGUCUAAUUUUGCCAACAAAAAUUGGGCAUAAUAUAGUUUUUUAAUUAUGAAAAUUAGGCAUGCACAAACCGGUUUUUUCUGAACCGGACC